AUGGAUCUCGUAAAAUUGAAAUCAGUCCGAUCGGGGAACAGAAGCGCUGUUACCAGAUUAUUCCGAAGAUUAGAUGAAGCAAAGGAGAAUUCGAAUUUCGAUGAAGAAGAAGUUAUAGCAACACUCGGAAAACUAGUGCAAAAACAAACAUUGUUUGAGGACUUAAACGAACAAAUUCUUAAGUUAACAGAACCGGAAGAUGUGGAAAAUGAGAUAGUGGAUUCAGAUGAAUAUUCAGUGGAUAUGGAAACAAAGAUUCGCCACAUACGUAAGUUCAUACAAAAUGUCCAAACACCACAGUCCCGUCAAAUUGAUUCACAUACAACAACCCACACAUUAAAUCCAGAAACUAUACCGUUUGUACCAACGCACAACAUAGCCAACCCACACAACGCACAGUCGUUUGAGAACCCGUCUGUACAAGCCAGUCAUACGUUCAACACACAGCAAAGCACAUUUUCGUCAGCCAGUAGUCACCGCCUACCCAAACUUUCGCUUCCAAUAUUCUCAGGGAACAUCUUAGAAUGGCAAACUUUCUGGGACUCAUAUGAGUCGGCCGUACACCUUAACUUGUCACUUACAAAUGUACAAAAAUUCAAUUACUUGAAAGCACAGCUAGAAUAUGAAGCACUUGAUUCUAUAGCGGGGUUCGCACUUACAAAUGUAAACUACGAUGAAGCCGUAAAUCUAUUAAAAGAGAGGUUCGGUCAACAAGACAAAAUCAUAAAUGCAUACAUGCGGGCAUUAUUAAAAAUCCCUUCGCCUAGAAAUCAACUUACAAGCUUACGAAGUUUUUAUGAUAAAAUGGAAAGUUACGUCAGGGGAUUAGAAGCUUUAGGUCAGACACAAGAAACAUACGGCACUCUACUUGUUCCGAUUAUUAUGAAGAAAUUACCCGGGGAAGUCAGACAACAUCUCGCGCGAGAACAUAGAAUACAAACUUGGGUAUUACGGGACCUCCGUAAAAGCAUUUUAAAUGAGAUCAAUAUAAUGGACGCAGGACAAGAGUUAGAGUCGACAAACCAUUUGCCCACAACAUCGUCUUUCUUUGCCGGAGCGAACUCGGCAAAGUCCAAAUCUUUCAAGAAUAUUGACACAAGACCUUGCGUUUUCUGUCAUGAAAUACACGCACCUACUUAUUGCAGUAAUAUAACCGACACGGAAUCCCGCAUGGACGUAGUAAAACGAGAUAGGUUAUGCUUUAACUGCCUUGGUAACCACAGACUUAACGAAUGUAAAUCUGAGAAUACAUGCAAAUAUUGUAACAGAAAACACCAUACAAGCUUAUGUAAUGCCCACAAAACAAACGACAUAAUACGUGGUAAUGAAGAAAGCGAUAGAAAUGGAGGUAAUACUUCAACGCAUACGAAUUUCCGCGCACAUGAUAACCAGAGCAGCAACCCUCUAAACCCGCCAAACCCGUCAUCUUUGAAUUCGACAAACGUUCACCUCGUAAAUGAUAGUCAUACAACGGAACAAGAUACUACCAUUUUGUUUUCAAAAUCGAAAGAAUCACGAUCAAAUGUACUGUUGAAAACCGCCGUAACACAAGUUGGAGCGAACCAACACUUUAUGGAUACGAACAUUCUCCUUGACGAAGGAGCGCAAAGAUCGUUUUUAACGCAGGAAGUAGCGAAUAAACUUCACUUACAGAUAGAGGGAACAGAAAUUAUACAGUUAUCGGCAUUUGAAGGUAAAGAGAAAACCGCGAGACAUUUAGAAAUCACAACAGUCUACCUGAAAACCGAUGCAGGACACGUAAUGCCAAUCAAAGUACUGAUAGUACCUUUCAUCGCUUUGCCUCUACAGAAUCAAAUGAGUAACAUUGAUACGAAAUAUGAAUAUUUACGUGGUUUAAAGUUAGCGCACACGACGACAGAGCAAGAUUCAUUCCAGAUAUCGUUGCUAGUAGGCGCAGAUCACUACUGGGACAUUGUAGAAGAUCAUGUAGUACGUGGAAACGGUCCGACAGCCGUGAAAUCUAAGAUCGGAUAUUUGCUUUCAGGACCUACAUACGGUAAAGAGUUGAACACGUCGAACGAUCACACGCUUAAUAUUUCACACGUUGCUGUUGAAUACAAUCCAGAGAAACUUUGGAAUUCGGAGUCUAUAGGAAUCAAUAGUAAGGAGAUCGAAGAAGAUAAUACAUAUAUUAAAGCCUUCGCUAGGUUAGCAUGGAAAGAAAACUCUGAUGAAUUACCUACAAAUUCAACCGUUAGGAAAAAAAGGACACAAAACGUCACUACAAACCUCAUUAAAACCCCAGAUAUGUUGAAUGGGUACGGAGAAAUUAUACAAGAACAGAAAGGACGGCGAUUCAGGAAGAAGGUGACUGAAACAUCAGAAAUUUCAAGAAAAGCCAAUCCUGAUCAUCCAGUACAUAGGAAAUCGAGCACCACUCGUAUCAGAAUAGUUAACAACUGCAGAAAAAGGAAAAGAUGGAAAUCCGAAUACCAUAUGUUGUUACGUGAAUUUCUUAGGACCAACACAAGAGAAACUACAAGACCGAUCGCAAAAUUAUAUCCGUUGAAAGUAACACAAACGAUGACAAACAAUUCUAACGUUCCAAUUGAUGAACAGGAACAUAUGGAAAACAGACCGAAACGAAAAGCUAGCCUAAAAGCCCGAGAGACGAUACAGAAGUGGAUUCACCAGUGA